GUGUAACGUUUCCUCGCCUCGCUAUUUCAACUAAGCAGUUCCACGGGACCUGCAGGAUUCACCCACCGGGAGUCCCCUAAGAACUGAACCCGACCCUGGGAUGAGAACUUUAGCUUGAGUUUGAUUUUUAUUUAAUUUAGUUUUUUUAGUUUUCAUUUAUAUUAUUUUAUUCAUUUUUUGCAAUCUCUUUUGCGAUUUUGAGGGAUAAUUAGAAUCGCUCUUAUACCUGCUGCUAUACUCUCGGAGAACGGCGUGCAGUUGGAUUGAUACCUCUUUUGCUCGGCGAUUGCUGGACAACCCGCGGAUUAUUGUGCUCAUAUGUGUCUGUCUUCGAGGGGAAGGACAUUGACAGCGUUGUGGGUCGCCCUGCUCAAAGGAAUGCACCCCCUUCGAAUCGGAUCGCUAAGGAGCAUUAACAGUCUCGUCUGAAUGAAAGACUGCCGCGCAACCCGUUUUUUCUCCUUCUCUUUUAGCAUUCACUAGGUUUGGAGCCGUCCCGGUGCGUGGGAUAUUUGCACGAUCGGCGACCGCAACCACUUCUCUACUGUGGUGGGACUAAAUCGGAACAGAUUUCUUUGUGGGGAUUUGAUUUUUUUACAUAUAAUUUUAUUAUUCAUAUUUUCUUCCUCUGGAUCGGGAUUACAGAGUUUGCUUGUGCGCCUGAUUGUCUCUGUUAGUCUUAUUGGCGAUACACUUUUUAAAAAUUAUACAUAUAAUAUUUAUAAUCAGAGAUUGAGAUCUGCCGUGGUGGAUGCGAUAAUGGGGGACUCGAUGUGGAGAUACUGUUUUGGAGUUUUGUUAAUUGUGUGCAAGGUGAACCUGUCCCGUGCGCUCAUUUUAGAGUCCAUCUACUGGAAUACAACAAAUACCAAAUUCGUCCCGGGACAAGGGCUGGUCUUGUACCCCCAGAUCGGGGAUAAGAUGGACAUUGUGUGCCCGCGGGUGGACGGCGGGGUGGGCGAGGGGGUGGAGUAUUACAAGCUGUACAUGGUGCAGCGGGCGCAGCUGGAGAGCUGCACCAUCACCAAAGCGGACACCCCCCUGCUGAACUGCGUCAAGCCUGACCAGGACGUCAAGUUCACCCUGAAGUUCCAGGAGUUCAGCCCCAACCUGUGGGGCCUGGAGUUCUUCAGGGGGCGGGACUAUUACAUCAUCUCUACUUCUAAUGGCACGAUGGAGGGUCUGGAGAACCAAGAGGGAGGCGUGUGCAAGACCAAGUCUAUGAAGAUUGUCAUGAAAGUGGGACAGAAUCCUUAUGAUCCAGUUUCACCCAAAGACUACCCCACUGGGUAUCCCCCCAAGCACCCAGAGGGAGGGGGGAAGGACUUCACCAAUAAGGAAAAUGAUGUUGUUGACAAACACGGUGCUUCUCAGCGGGAGGGGGAGACGGACGGCAAGGGCGGCAAGCCCUCCAGCAUCAUCGGCUCGGAGGUGGCGCUCUUCGCCGGCAUCGCCUCGGGCAGCGUCAUCUUCAUCGUGGUCAUCAUCAUGCUGGUGCUGCUGCUGCUCAAGUACCGGCGGCGGCACCGCAAGCACUCGCCCCAGCACUCCACCACGCUGUCGCUCAGCACACUGGCCACGCCCAAGCGCGGCAGCGGCGGCAACAACAACGGCUCCGAGCCCAGCGACAUCAUCAUCCCGCUCAGGACUGCCGACAGCGUCUUCUGCCCGCACUACGAGAAGGUCAGCGGGGACUACGGCCACCCCGUCUACAUCGUCCAGGAGAUGCCCCCACAAAGCCCCGCCAACAUCUACUACAAGGUCUGAACUUCCGGCCGGACGGACGCGCUGGUCAUCGAUGUCCUUGUUUUACUACUAUUAUUGUUAUAAUUAUAAUUAUUAUUAUUAUUACGGUUCUUGUUACAAGUAUAAUUCAUAGAGAUUUCCGGAGAACUCCUGGCCGAGGUGCUGUCUGUGCGGGGGCCUCUCACUAUGGGGGGGCCUGCCGGUUUGUGCACUACGGCCGACGCCGUGGGCACGGCGCCACAGUGUGCCACGAACGGCGAGCGGAGGAGUUCUGGGAAACGGUAGAACAGGAGAAGGACACCCGAGUGACGGCGGGAGUACUGGCGACCUCCUCACCACUCCUGGGGAUUCUCCCCGAGCGAGGGGCUGUACUGCCUGUGAGGGAUGGCAGCAAGAUGGAUGGCGAGAGAGAGAGAGGGAGAGAGGGAGAGAGGGGCGAGAGAACUGGAUUGAAAUUGAGAGAGGGAGGACUGGCGGACCAUGAACUCAUUUCGGAGGAGAUUUCUCCGCGGCUUUUCUUUCGCCAGAGACGUUCCUGGGAUUAAAAGCGAGAGAGAAGAAGAAACAGGGAAUUCCCUGAACACGGACACAGGCCUUUUUGACACAGACUCUCUAAUCCACAGACGAAACUCACUCACUCACUCACUCACUCAGCCACUCACUCACCCACUCACUCACUCAUGAAUAGUUUCAGCCUUUCUUAGAAACCCCUUACGCUUCGAGUCCUGUUUUUUCCUCACUGUCCGCCAUGCCUAUUUUUAGCAUAAAUUUCUACCGCCGUUGUUACUUGAAAGCUUAAAAAAGAUUUCUUUUUUUAAAUGUUAGAAGUUUAAAUGUCUCUUUUUUUAAUUUCUGUGUUGACCAUUUGCAGACCGUUUUGAUACUGGAAGUUGUUGCAAAUCUGUUACGCUCAUAGCUGUGCUGUUUAUGCAUCACAUAGACAUACAGGGGAAUUAGCAAAGAGCCCAGCAACUAGAAAUGCAGAAAGUGGAGUGUGAGGUGGAGAAAGUGGAGGAAGAGAGGGGGGAGAGGAUGAAAGAGAGGGUGAGGGAAUAGCGUGUUAACUGACUGGGCAGGACGACAUACUUGUCUGUCUAUAAGCAGCCAAAGGAUUCACUAUUGGGGGAAGGGUCAGAUGAGGGGCAGGGCAACCCUUCUUAUGGUACCACCCCAUCCAUGUAGGUGGCAGUGCAGUUGAAGAAGCCAACAGGAGCUUCCGUAGCUUUGGAUCGAGCUAGGUUUUGGAAUAGUGUCAAGGUAGAGGUCUUGCGCUCCCUACAGCGUGGAGGACUGAAAUGCAGGCCAGCAGGAUUGAUGUGAAAAGGGCUUCUUGGAAAGAUGGAUGGAAUCCUUGAAUUGUAGGUACAGGCAAUAAAAGUACAUCCUGCCUUACGGUCAUUUAACUGAAUAGACAUAAAAGAGGAGGAACACUAGUGUAGUUCAGCGAGCUGCUGAAGCAGGCUUUAGGUACUGCGCUGUCCCUUCUAUGGGCCCGGCCAAGAGCCGCUUUGCAGGGCCGCUACAGGGCUGCCACUGUCCAGGGCUCUUACCAACAUGUAAAGCACAGGCAUAUAGCUCACAAAAUGUACCCUUUCCAUUUCAUUUCAUUUCAUUUCAAUGUUUUCACCUUAAUUGUUGGUUUGUUUGGUUUGUAAACCUUUCACGUGACCAUAGAUGUACAUUUUAAAAGGGGAGACAUCAAAAGAAAAGAAAAAAAA